GAACUUUUCGAUAUGUUUAUUAUAAAUUUUGAAAUAGACUCUAUUACAGUAUUACUAUUACUAUUUAGCAAAAGAGAAUUUUACAGUUAAACAGUUAGAAAUCUAGAAUUUAUAGAUCUAAAUCUAGCUAGACUAGAUCUGUGACUCUACUUACACUUCUUCUAGCUCUAGGUUCUGAUUAUGGAAUUUGGAUCUAAUUUUAUUUUGGUAGGUGGUGAUGAUGAGGAUGAUUAUCAGGCAGAGCAAGAAGAAGAAGAAAUUGAUCCAGUAGAUUACAACUAUGGGGCCUCGCAUGGGGCAUCAGUUGGACAUGUUUAUGGAUUUGAGUGUGAGAUAAUGGAGUCAGAAGACAAUGAAGAUGACACUCCUGUAACAUUUGCAGCAGAAGAGGCUAAAAAGCCAACCAAAACCAAAGUUAAUACAAACACAAUUAGUCUGACAAUGUCAUCAUUGAAAGAACCUCCUGAAGCAACUAUAUUGGCAGAUCCCAUCAGAUGUGACAACCCUAAGUGUGGCGCUUUCUUUUCGGAUAUAGAUAAGUGUCAUGAUGGAGAGCCAUGGAAAUGCAAAUUUUGUGGCACUGAGAAUAAACCCAGUAAAUGGCCUGAAGUCAAAGUCCAAGAUGUCUUGUAUGCUCAUGAUGGUCAGGUCCCAUCCAUGGAUAUUUCUGAAUCAACCCAGACUAUUAUUUUUGUUGUUGACGUUUCUGGAAGUAUGGGCAGAACAUUACAGAUUGCUCAGAUGAGCUCCACACUCCAAGAAAUAGUAACUAGUGAACAUACAGCGUACUUGCAGGAAAUGAGUCAAAUCCUAGGGAUGAACAUCACUGCUGAACCCAAUGUGAGGAUCACUGAAGUAUCAUGGCUCCAAGCUGUGAAAGCUUCUAUCAUCGACCAGCUGGUGCAGCUCAAAGAGAAAUGCCUGAGAGAUAAUAAGCCACAGCCUAAAGUUGGUCUGAUUACCUUUGGAGAUAUUGUGACUCUAUAUAAAGAUGGCUGGGGUGAGCCCAUUAAAAUUGAAGGUGGCCAGCUUGCAGAUUACUAUGAGCUGCUUAGGCUGGGUACAGAAAACUCUGACCUUGGUUCCCUCUCUGACACAUGUCGCAGUAUUGAGACUUGUGUUAGAUCGUUAAAGUGUGAUGGUCAAACAGCCCUUGGUCCAGCACUUGUAGUGGCACAAGGAAUGGUCAUUGGAUCAAAAGGUUCUAAAAUUAUCAUCUGCACCGAUGGGGUCUCAAAUGUUGGAAUAGGCAAUCUGGAUUCCACUCCACCACAAGAAAUUGCUACGUUUUUCAAAAACGUAAUCCAAAGAGGAAAAGACUCAGGAACAUCAAUUUCUGUCCUGUCAUUUGAUGAGUGUAAAAUGGAAAAACUUGGUCCUGUAGCAGAAGAAACCGGUGGAAUUGUGGAUUUCAUCAAACCAACACAGCUAGGUAGUCGCCUAAAAGAUGAAUUAAGUCGAGCAACUAUAGCGACCAAUGCCCUAAUCAAGUUUGUGGUUCAUAAAAGCAUGUACAUACAAGUUUUAGAUGAGGCAAUGAAAGAAUGUUCCUGGGAUUAUUUUAUUGGCAAUAUACAGAUGGACAAGAAAGUUCCUUUUUGCUUUGCACCCAGAUCUGAAGAUACAGACAGUGCACAAACUUCAGAUGUUAAUGAUCCAGAACUGUUAGCACACGGGUAUCCAUUCCAAGUACAAAUAUAUUUUACAGACAUGAAAGGUAAUUCAGCCUGGAGGGUUUGGACAAAAUGUAAACCAGUAACUAGAAGCAGAAAAGAAGCUCAGCUGGGUAUGAACCAAAACAUAGUUGUGGAGAAUUUCAUGCAGAACUCUGCUUCACUUCUGCUCAGUUUGAAAGAGAAUCCUAGUGAACUCAAACUUCAGGCAAACAAAAUUGUGGAUCAAAUCAACCAGAUUUGUAAACAAAAGAGCAAUGAUGUAGCUUUGUACAGAAAACUGAUGGAUUUCUUACAGGUUGCCAGCACUAUUGUCCACUCACAUGACAGAACAAUUACUGAAGAGACGAUAGCAAAUCUCUUUAAAAUUCAAGCACUAAGAUCAAUUGGUAAUUGAAACAAUGCCACUUUUGGAGUAUAAAAUAUACAACAAUAUUGCUGUACUGCUGCCAAUUAUGUACUUUUGAAUUUCUACUCUAAGUGUCUUUCUGUCUGCAGAGUGGUAUAUUGUAAAAAGGGGUCGCUGAGCUUAAAAGGUUGCGAACCGCUGGUUUAGACUGAGAUGCAAUUUAUACUUGUGUAUUUGGUGGAUGUGUUUUUUUCCCAUGAUUCCAGUAAAAUAAAAAUGUUUAAAAUAUAUCUACCUAACUAAACAUGUUUUAAUUUUAUUGAAGUUUUUAUCUUAGUUUUUAAUAGCUGGUAAAUAUUUUGCGAUAAUAAUGGUGGUUGGUCGUUGUGCUGGCCCCAUGACACCCUGCUCAUUAACCAUUGGCCAAAGAACAGAUGGCCUAAUCAUCAUCUGCCCUUUAGAUCACAAGGUCUACUAGGGGAACUUUACUAUGUUGGGAUAUUUAUACAUAUGAAUGCUGUACGACAAUAAUAUAUGACUAUCAUUGUUAAAUAGAAAUGUAUUUGUGACUAUCAUUGUUAAAUAGAAAUGUAUUUGUGACUAUCAUUGUUAAAUAGAAAUGUAUUUGUGACUAUCAUUGUUAAAUAGAAAUGUAUUUGUGACUAUCAUUGUUAAAUAGAAAUGUAUUUGUGACUAUCAUUGUUAAAUAGAAAUGUAUUUGUGACUAUCAUUGUUAAAUAGAAAUGUAUUUGUGACUAUCAUUGUUAAAUAGAAAUGUAUUUGUGACUAUCAUUGUUAAAUAGAAAUGUAUUUGUGACUAACUGUUUGACUCUUGGAAUAAUGUGUUCCAUGUAUUUUUACAUGUAAAUGUUGCCUUAUAUUUCUUUUGUAUAAUUGAAUUAUUGUGUAAAUUGCUUGAUUGUAAAAUAAAUUCAGAAAGGAUAAUUUUUUUUUCUAUUAUUAUUAAUGUUACCAUUUCAUUGAUUGGACAAAUCCAUUCUGCCCUGACCUGCUAAUAAUUGAACUUCUUACAUAUAGUGCACACAUUAAGUUUGGGCAAUAAAAGCCAAGUCCAUAAUAAUAUUUGUUUAGCAAUAUAUUUAUAUAUGUACUGCAUAAAAUUAUUUGUGCUUACACAAACUUAGCAUAUUGUGACUCAAGUAAUAUGCUUUUGGUUAUUGUAAAUGCUUGAUUUUAUUUGAAGAUGUUUGUUUUAAUGCAGCUAUUCAAAUAGUUAAGUUUACAUUUAAAUGCUGAGUUAUUUAAAUGAUAAAGUUCCUCUGUGUUUGGAGAUGUGAAUGAGAAUGUUAUCUUCUAUAUUUCUUUGUUAAAUUUAAAUAGCAUGUGCCUUUGUAUCGCAUAUUUUUAAAUUUUUGAAUCUAGAAAAAAAAAGUUCUAUUGAUAAAACAACUAUGUACAAAAUCAAAUGUUAUUUUGCACUUACAAACUAGUUGAGGCAUUACAUAAUUCUAUGUUAAUAAUUAAAAUUGUUUUAAUACAUUUGUCAAGCAGUUCUAAUUUAGGCACAUUCUGGGUUUAAUAACAUCUACCCCUUUUUUUCAUUCCUUUCAUUUUAGAGAGCUAUACUGCUGUUACAUGAAACUGUCGUUUGUGAUAAAUUUUUCAAGUUUAAAAUAAAAUAUUUAUUUUCAUAAA